AUGGAACAAGUGAUAUCUGCAGCAGCAUCAGCAGCAGCCAUAUUCCUCUUAUGUUUGGUGUUGAAAAUCGUUUUCGAGACGCUACGGUGCUACGUGUUGAUCCCGAGACGGAUCAAGAGAAUAAUGGAAAAGCAAGGGGUUCGUGGACCCGAGCCCCGUUUUUUAUUAGGCAACAUAAUGGAGAUGGCUUCGUUCAUCUCCAAGUCGACAGCCCAAGACAUGCCUUCCAUCACACACGAUAUCGUCCCUCGACUUCUCCCACACUUCCUCGCCUGGUCAAAGACUUACGGGAAGAGGUUUAUAUUCUGGAAUGGGACGGAGCCGAGAAUGUGCUUGACAGAAACCGACCUCAUAAAAGAGCUACUUUCUAAAUACAGCACGAUUUCGGGGAAAUCAUGGAUGCAGCAAGAGGGCUCGAAGAAUUUCAUCGGGCGAGGUCUUCUCAUGGCUAAUGGCAAGGACUGGUACCACCAGAGGCACUUGGUGGCCCCUGCAUUCAUGGGAGAAAAACUUAAGAGUUAUGCAGGGUACAUGGUGGAAAGCACAAAAGAAAUGCUCGAAUCGCUCGAGAAUGCACUGAAAUCGGGAGAAACUGAGAUCGAGAUCGGGGAGUACAUGACCCGUUUAACUGCCGAUAUUAUUUCGCGCACGGAAUUCGACAGCAACUACGAAAAGGGGAAACAGAUAUUCCAUCUCCUAACUGUUCUGCAAGGCCUCUGUGCUCGAUCCUCCCGCUAUUUGUGCUUCCCCGGCAGCAGAUUUUUCCCGAGCAAAUACAACCGGGAGAUAAAAUCACUCAAAAACGAGGUGGAGAAGAAGCUGAUGGAGAUCAUCGAGAGCCGCACGAGCUGCGUUGAGGUCGGCCGAAGCACUUCUUACGGAAACGACCUGCUCGGCACCCUUCUAACCGAGAUGCAGAAAAAACGGUCGGACAAUGGCUUCAGCCUGAACCUGCAGCUGAUCAUGGACGAGUGCAAGACCUUCUUCUUCGCCGGCCACGAGACCACCGCCCUCCUGCUGACCUGGACCAUGAUGCUCCUCGCCACAAAUCCAGAGUGGCAAGAGAAGGUUAGGGAAGAGCUAAAUAUGGUGAUCAACGAGUCGCUCAGGCUGUACCCUCCGGCCUCUCUCCUCCCUCGGAUGGCAUUCGAAGACAUAAAGUUGGGCGAUCUUCACAUCCCAAAGGGGCUCUCGAUAUGGAUUCCGGUUCUUGCGAUCCACCACAACGAGGAAAUAUGGGGCAAAGAUGUAAAUGAGUUCAAUCCAAGUAGAUUCGCGUCCAAGUCCAGUGGCCCGGGCCGCAGUUUCAUCCCCUUUGCAGCCGGCCCGAGGAACUGUGUGGGCCAAUCCUUUGCCCUGAUGGAGGCCAAGAUUAUAUUGGCCAUGAUGAUAUCAAAAUUCAGCUUUACAAUCUCCGAGAAUUACCGGCACGCGCCGGUAGUUGUCCUCACCAUGAAGCCUAAGUAUGGAGUUCAAAUCAAAUUGAAGCCUUUGGAGGAUUGA